GAACCUUAUAUCCUUCCACAGGUUGCCUUGCGGGAUUCCUAUAGUUUUGUGUUUUGUUUCUACACAUGCACAUGCACAUGACACACACACACACACACACAAUAUAUAUAGAGAAAGAGAGAGAAUAGACAUUUAUUCAAGCUUUCUUCUUCUUCUUCUUCCUCAUUGGUUUUAGUUUUGAAGAUUUAGCAUCUCUUCUGGUCUUCAUCUUAAAAACCAUGGAAUCAAGUAGAGGUCUCACAACCAUUUGUGUUCUCAUCUGUCUCUUUCUCUCGGCCAGCUUCUUCACUCAUUCUGUUGUAGAUGCAAGAAAACAUGUGGGAUUUGAGAGAGACUCAAAGCAAAAGCCAAAGAAGCUGAUCAUCAACGCUGUAAAGCACACGUCAUUGUUAGAAAAAAUGAUGACACAGCUCAAUCUAGCUCAGCCUUUGGACUACUCAACAACAUCCUCCAACACUCAACCUUAUGGUGUUGGCACAACUCUCACUUUACCUCCCUACGUUUCACUUCCCCCACUUUCAGUUCCCGAAAAUGCCCCUCCUUUCUGCGUUAACCCCCCUAAUACCCCUCUAAACUCACCUCCUCCCGGUCCAAUCACCGUACCUAACCCUCCUGAAUCAUCCCCUAACCCGAACACUAACCCAAACCCAAACCCACCUGAUUCCACGUCUAACCCAAACUCGAAUCCGAACCCACCCGAAUCAUCCUCUAACCCAAACCCACCGGUUUCCUCAUCUAAUCCGAACCCACCGGUUAACGUCCCUAACCCACCCGAAUCAUCGUCUAACCCGAACCCACCCGAAUCAUCCUCCCACCCAAACCCACCCGAAUCAUCAUCUAACCCGAACCCACCCGUUACUGUUCCAUACCCGCCUCAAUCUUCCAAUCCAAACCCGCCAGAUACAGUUCUUAACCCUCCUGACCCCGGUUAUACAUCAGGCCCAUCAGGACCCACUUCAGGUCCACCUUACUAUGAGCCAAGCCCAUCGACCCCGACUAACACUCCUACACCGUCCGGUGAUAUUCCAUCCCCAACCGGUUCAAUUCCAAGCCCAUCAUCGGGGUUUUUACCUCCGAUUGUCUAUCCGCCACCUAUGGUGCCACCGCCACCUAGCGUGGCUCCGACCUCGGCUUACUGGUGUGUGGCUAAGCCCACCGUGCCUGACCCAAUUAUUCAAGAAGCCAUGAAUUUUGCUUGUGGAUCAGGAGCUGAUUGCCACUCAAUUCAGCCCAAUGGGCCUUGCUUUAAACCCAAUACAUUGUGGGCUCAUGCUUCAUUCGCCUUCAAUAGCUAUUGGCAGCGGACCAAAGGUGCUGGUGGCUCGUGCACGUUCGGCGGCACCGGCAUGCUUGUCACCGUCGACCCAAGUUUUAAUGGGUGCCAUUUUGAUUUCUUCUGAUAAAUGAAGACGAAGACGUCUCUCACUUUUUAUUUGUCAUCUUAUACCGGAUACGAAUAAUAUCAUAUAAUCUUUGAUAUAUAUAAUACCUUAGGUGGGUCUCUCACUUGUAAGUUGUAACCCAUUAAACACUUUACAAAUACUAAUCUCGUUGGGAAUGGCAUAAUUAUAAAUCUUCUGC